GACGGAGAGCAUGCUACGAUUGCCAAGUCACAGAGCGCACGAAGCACUGAUGCCUUCAUAGCCGUUGUGCUUCCCAACAAUCACGACCGCCUUUUUGUACUAGGCUGUACGACUGCUACUGCAUUUGCCGUCUCUCUGCGUCUGCCGGCCGCCGUUGGUCUCGGCCGGCUUUCGUCUGCCAUGUAUGCGCGCUUCGGCUCAGGGGCCCAGGCUGGCGCCGCAGAACGGGAAUGCAGCAACACCAGUCAGGACUCUCUAGUUCCACCAAGGGGAAACGCAGACUCAUCCCCAACUCCAGGAAUGCAGUCUGGGGAGUACCAACGCCAACACGCUCGUGAAGGACACGAUGUAUUGCAAAUACCAGACGCUCGGCCACCAUCACCGACUAAUAGGUCUCUACCCGAAACAUCGAGCAGCAUGUCUCCCGGGCAGACGGUGGAGAGAUUGGCGUGCACGCUGAGCAAGCAAUACCUGCAGCAGGGUCGUUCCACCGACGGCCAACUGCAGACGCAGCCAACACAAACACCGUCGUCACUGUGCUCGGUCGAAGGCCUGCAGAACCCCCGGUUACUCGGACUUUCAGAUUGGGGCGACCGGAAAAUCCGUGACCAAUCGCUACAGCACUUACCAGGUGGUCGCCCUGAUGACGGGCACACCAUUCCUUGGCUACCGAUUUCCGAGCAGGUUGUGGGUGAGCCGAUCGAAGUUGACGAGGCGUACUGCGAGCCGGAGGACGACACAUUAUUAUCGGAUGCGAAGCGAUCACGAUGGCGACCAAGCAGCCAGCCUCGAGACAGCUCCAGCACACGACCCCUUAACCGUCGCCUGGAGGACAUGAUUUCAACCGGAACGCAGUGCAAUGUGCGCGGCCAGCUCCGGCCAAUACCAACACCGUCACGGCCAACCUCAAGAUGGGUGUGCCCCCCUGAACCAGGACCGAUCGAACCCGAUCCGGAUUGUGCCAUGCCCGGGCCGGACCUAGAAGUUGACGACGCCGAGGGCGAUGGGUUGUCCGCGGCCCCGGAGGACCUGUUGGCUAUGAUAGAAGGGGGUAUUUCGCUGCGGGAUGCGAGCGGCCCCGGAGGCAUUAGGAAACACAUGGUUGGGGGCAUCGCGCUGCAGUACCGGCUGUCGGCCGAUGCGGCAUUACGCUGCCGGAAUGUCGUGCGCAACCGACCGAGGAUGCGCAAGAGACAUAAGACGCGCCACGGAAGCUCGGCGGCGUCUUCGGCGGUGACAUCAGCCCUGAAUUCUCCGGUCAUGUCAUCAGCGGCCUCACCACCACUACCGUCGACACACCCUCACCCUCCGUAGCGGGGGUGUUAUGCUACGACUGCACAUUUACUAUUUUAUCUUUCCGCAUUUUGUUUUGUUUUGUGGAGCGUCUUCCCUUUUAUACCCAACUUCUUUCUAGCCCUGAGCAUUUGCAUUUGGGACUGUCGGUUUAGAAAAUUAUUCCCGGGAGUGCGAACCCGAAAUCUGCAUACAAGCCAGGUACCAGUCCGGGAAUCAAUGGCGCAGGGGGUUACUACAUCUGUACUGCAUAUUUUUGGGAGUUAGGUCUGCGGUCUUGGUUUGUCAAGGUGAAGAAGAAGGGUCUUGCAUGGGAAGUUACA